CGCCGCCUCUUCGCCAAAGGAGGAGCCGGGCGACGGAGAGGGAGCGGUCCUCGUCCCGUCCUCGCCAUGUCCCUGUACAGGAACUCGGUGUGGUUCGUGAAGGGGCUGCGCCAUUACUGCCGGAGUGGCUAUGAAUCGGCAAGCAAACACUUUGUUCCAGAAGACUUGGAAGUAGAUGUAACUGGAAGGUAUUUCAUGGUCACUGGAGCAAAUAGUGGAAUUGGCAAGGCGGCUGCAAAAGAGAUAGCCAGAAGAGGGGGACUAGUUCAUCUAGUUUGCCGAAACAAAGACAGAGCUGAGGAAGCUAAGAAAGAAAUAACAACAGAAACGGGUAAUCAGAAUGUUUUUAUCCAUAUUCUGGACAUGUCUGACCCCAAAGGAAUUUGGGAAUUUGCUGAACGGUUCAAGAAUGAACACAGAUUAAACGUCUUGAUCAACAACGCAGGCUGCAUGGUAAACCAAAGAGAACUAACGAAAGAUGGGCUUGAAAAGAAUUUUGCUACAAAUACUUUGGGUACAUAUAUUUUAACAACAGCCCUUCUACCUCUCUUGGAAAGAGAAGAUGACCCUAGAGUUAUCACUGUCUCCUCAGGAGGAAUGUUAGUUCAGAAACUAGAUGUAUCAAACUUGCAAUCAGAGAAUGUGGCAUUUGAUGGGACAAUGGUCUAUGCGCAGAAUAAGAGACAGCAAGUGGUCUUGACAGAACAGUGGGCUAAAGCACAUCCCCGUGUUCACUUUUCUUCUAUGCAUCCUGGCUGGGCAGAUACUCCAGCAGUGAGGUCAUCUAUGCCAGAUUUCUACGAGAAAAUGAAGAAUAGAUUGCGGACGGAGGGCCAGGGGGCAGACACGGUGGUAUGGCUUGCAGUCUCCCAUGAAGCAGGCAAGCAAGCAAGCGGGCAGUUCUUCCAAGACCGGCAGCCUGUUCCAACCCACUUACCACUUGCACAGACAAAAGCUUCACCUGGUGAUGAAGAAAAACUGUUGCAGUCUCUGGAAGAGCUCUCACAAAAGUUUAAACCCAGAUAAUCACUAGAGUCUAGAAGCAUUAACAGUGUGUACUGAACUAGUGACCUCUUGACAAUCUGCAAUUGGAAAGCUAUAAUACAUGCAAGUGAGUAUAUAAUCCAAUAACAUGCUUUAUUAUAGGGCAGGAGGAAAGGCACUGUUAAAAAUUCAGUGAUUCUGUUUUGACAUGUUUUGCAUCUUGAUAAUUUCCUCCUUGUCAUGCUGUAACUUCUGUAUCCCCUUUAUUACCCAUUUCACAUUUGUUGUUUUAAAAAUUCCAAAUACUUGGGGAAGAGAUGCUGUGACGGUUAGUGCUUGUAUUACUAACCUUCCAGUGGGAGCACAGUGUCUAUUUUUUAAAAAUCUCUCAAGGUGCUAAUUGUAAGAAGGCUUGGGCACGUCUCCUUUUUAUGUAAUAAUCAUGCAUCAAGAAUGCCCACUGUGCCACAAUAAGUAUUAAACAGCCCACCUGCUGGAAUCACAGAAUUGUGGCGUUGGAAGGGACCUAAAGGGUCAUCCAGUCCAACUCCCCUGCAAUGCAGGAAUACUAGAUUAUACACAAAAGGUGGCCAUCCAACCUCUGCUUAAAAACCUCUGUAGAAUUGUAAAUUUGCUAGAGUGUAUAAAUAUUUUUGAAAUUGUAUUUUGGUUUGCACUUCUGAAGUUUUCCUGCAAAAAAAUCUAAUUAAAACCUAAUGUUUGAAAAAGCA